AUGAGGCCCUCGAGCUGCCCCGACGAGGCCUGCGACGGCUUGUGCCUGCUGACAUCCUUCCUGGACCACGACGACCGCCCGACCUUGAUUCUCGACGCCCACAAUCAUUCCCGCUCCGAGAUUUUCUACCAGAACAAGGCCCUGCGCGAUUUUCUUGGCCGUCUCUCAUCUGCCGACACCACCCAGGAUAUUGGCGAGCACUUUCGUGACUGGGCCUCCAGCUUUGAUGCCACCGCCGAGCCUGCUGACCGCACUGGCGCUGCCGCCAACAUUAGCUUCGGCAGCCGCAACUGGACCAGCCGCCUGCUGCGCUGCCGCUGGAGGGUCAUCUCCGCCGUCGCCAUUGACGACGAGUCCAGCCAUGCCACCAAGCGGGACCGCUCGCACGACGGCGCCGGCAAUUUGGGCCGUGAAUCCGCCUCGGUUUUUCCAGGCACCUCCGCCGAAGAGCUGAAGGAGAAAGCUGGCUUAAGUGCACGAGACUCCUUCAGUCCCUCGUCGCUACGUCGUCUGGACUGGAUCAAGGACCCGCCAAAUGACCUUCCGCCUUACCAUCACUUUCUGCUCCAUCAUGACUGGGCUUCGACCCCUCUUGGUCCCAUCACCGACUGGCCUGAUCUCCUCAGACAGACCGCCGUGACUAUCCUGUCGAGUCCAGAUCCACGCUUGCUGCUCUGGGGCCACGACAUGUGUCUACUUUACAACGAAGCUUGCCUUGCCCUGAUUGGCCACAAGCAUCCAGACGCUCUGGGACGGGGCCCAGCCCAUGUCUUCUCCGAACUUUGGAGGCCACUCAAAAGUAUCGUCGAGCUCGCAAUGCACCAAGGAAAGGCCACUCGUGUUCAGGACCUGCAGUUGAGCAUCAACAGAAACAAGAGUCUCGAGCUAGAGGAGACGUACUGGAGCUUUACUAUGUUGCCAAUCAUUGAUUCAGACGGGGCAGCAAUUGGCGCCUUGGAGGAGUUCGUCGAGACCACAAACCAAGUGAUCGGAGAGAGGCGCAUGAACACCCUUAUUACUCUUGGCGAGAAGGCCAGCUCUGCAAAAGGCAUCGAGGAGCUUUGGAGCUUGAUACUCACGAGCCUUGAGCCCAACUCGCAUGACGUGACUUAUGCGCUUCUCUAUUCGGUCAGCGAGGAUGGCGUAAGAGUUGAUGAGGAGCCCGACACUUCGAAGCCCAAAAGCUGUUUCCUGGAAGGCACAAUCGGGAUCCCUAAAGAUCACCCUGCUGCUAUACCAUCUUUCGUCCUGACUGAAGGCAAUGAGGGCUUCUCAGUUCAUUUCAGGCGAGCAUGGACAUCAUCUCAACCUGCUCUUCUUCGUACUGACGACGGAUCCCUCACUGAUCCCAUAUCCGACUUAUGUGUUGAGGGUCGCGGAUUCGACCAACCAAGCACGACAGCUAUCGUUCUACCAAUACCUCCGCUCAGUGGCACUAGCAUUCGCGGAUUUCUUAUAAUGGGACUUAAUCCGCGUCGAAACUACGACGAAGAUUAUCAGGUUUUCAUCCGCCUUUUGAAUGACCGUCUCGUCAAAGCAGUCGCGUCAAUAUUCCUCCCAGAAGAACAACGGCGCAGUCGCCAGAUUAUAGAGGAAACCAACUCUCGCCAUGACAAAUUUUCCAGAGAGCUUGAGCGUCGGAGGCAGGAAGCCGAAUCUGCAGAAGCAACUUUCACAGCGCUGGCCGAAUGCGCUCCUGUCGGGUGUGUUGUCUUCCAGCUCAAUGGGCAGCCGCGGUGGAUGAACCAGGCUUAUCUCGACUUGAGCGGUCUGAAGCGCGAGGAUUUUGGUGGAGACCCUCAUCUAUGGUCAAGUACUGUGAUCCCUGAGGAUCGCAAAUAUGUUGAGGAACAGUGGGAAAAACUUGUCCAGGGCCAUGAUAUCCAACCAUUCGAGUUCCGCGUUAGGAAAGCGUGGCAUCUUCAGGGCUCAACGGACGAGAGUGAUCGAAUGGAGUCUUCUUGGGUGCUUGCAAACGCAUUCUUGAAGUACAAUGAAGCGGGUGAUCCCCAGCGGAUCUUAGCCUGGCUCACCGACAUUUCUCAUCAGAAGUGGAGCCAACAGUUGCAGGCCCAGAGAUUAGAAGACGUCUUGGAAACCAAACGACAGAGCGAAAACUUCAUCGACAUGACGUCACACGAGAUGCGGAACCCACUUUCUGCGAUACUCCAGUCAGCAGAUGGCAUCCUUGGCGCCUUGGGAUAUGAGAAAACCGAUGUUAGGUCCCUGCAACAGAUUCGCGACCCCCUCCUGUUGGAUGCUGAUACCCAGGAAAUCAUUAUUGACAGCGCCCAAACCGUUGUGCUGUGCGCACAGCAUCAAAAACGAAUUGUAGAUGAUAUCACUCUGUCCAAACUCGAUUCAAAGCUCCUUGUCAUAUGCCCCGACAUUGUCCAACCAGUGACUCUUGUUGAAAGAGCAAUUAAGAUGUAUGAGGCAGAGCUUACCAAUGCCGAAAUCAGACUCAGCCUCUCAAUACACCAAUCUUACGACGAUUUGGCUAUUGAUAUGGUAUUCCUCGACCCCUCACGUUUCCUCCAAGUCCUUAUCAACCUUCUAACCAACGCCAUCAAAUUCACUCGGGACCGGGAUAAAAGGGCGAUUACAAUUUUCUUGUCGGCUUCACUCAGACAACCUUCCUCUGGCCAUGAGAAUCUUGCCUACAUACCUCGCCGCUCGUCGAGAUCUGAGCACACCCACUCAGAUGAUGGAGGGCAGGGGGAAGACAUUUUUCUGCAGCUGGCCGUUGAGGAUACAGGAAAGGGUCUCAGUGAGGACGAGAUGAAACUUCUCUUCCACAGAUUCUCGCAGGCAUCUCCUAAGACAUAUGGAGAGUACGGUGGCUCCGGCUUGGGCCUUUUCAUCUCUCGAGAGCUCACAGAACUCCAAGAUGGACAGAUUGGCGUUGCUUCUCAGGCUGGAAAAGGAAAAGCUAAUUCGAAGACUCGCUUCCCUCACCUGAGAGUACUUAUCGUCGAGGACAAUCUUAUCAACCAAAAGGUUCUUUCCAAGCAACUUCGCCAUGCAGGCUGCACAACGCACCUUGCCAACCACGGCCUGGAAGCGCUCGAUAUACUCGCUCGCAGCACCUUCGCAGCAUCGCCCACAUCGGAGACGCUUGUAGACAUUUCCGUCUGCCUCAUGGACCUCGAGAUGCCCAUAAUGGAUGGGCUUAGCUGCGUCAAGCGCAUCCGCACGCUCGAGGCCGAGGGGACGCUCGCCCAACACGUGCCCGUAAUCGCCGUCACUGCCAAUGCCCGCAGCGAGCAGAUCAGUGCAGCCAUGGACGCCGGCAUGGACCUUGUUAUCACCAAGCCCUUCCGCAUCCCAGAGCUCUUGCCGCAGAUGGAUUCUUUGCUGAGAAGGAUGGCGGAGCAGUUGAGAGAGGAAGAUGAGGUGGAAGAGAAAGAGGAAGAGGAGGAGGACCAGAAGGGUGAAGAGCCGAAGGGUGAAGAGCAGAAGGGAGAGGGACGGGGCGAAUAG